CAUCAACUUUGGAAAAAAGUGCAAUUAAUUAACUUCACAGAAUCAUGUUUUUUUCCCCAUCUCUAAUUACAAUUUCCUAACAGUAAAGGAUUAUACUUUAUAGUAUAUUCUUCAGCGCUUUUCAGAGUCCAGUUUUACAUGAUUCAAGCAAUGGUGUUUUCACUCGUUUCCUUAAGAAACCACUGUACAGUACAGUACAAUGAGGUAAUUGUUCUUGAUGUUUCACCUACAUUAUUCCUUUUCAGUUUCAUCCCAUUACUUCUAGAUACAGCCCCCUUUGCCCACCCUAAACAUGACAUUUUAUGGAGCUUCCACAUUUCAAAUCUUUUAGGCAGCUUAAUCCAUCUUCCCUCGUUAUUCAGGGAAUAUUAAAAAGUAAAUUGGCAAAACUGAUAGAUUUAAAGGAGCAAAGCAAUACUCAAAGCUUCCCUUUGAACCUUCAGAAAAAUAAAAACAAGCCUAGAUACUAGCACAUCAGCCCAAUGAUCCUCCAGAAUUCAUCAGAAACUCCAAAGAACUUUGAGAUGAUCUCAAGGCUCUUACAGUAUACAGUCCUCUGGGGAAAAGGCAUGUAACUUCUAGUAAGUCUGAGCACAGGUCUAGGCGAGUCAGCAAGUCGUCUUGGUUCUGCCAAUGGCUAGCCGGGCAGCACUGGGCAAGUAUCUAAAACUCUGUGCCUCAGUCCCCCAUCGGUCAAAUAGGGGUAAUGCUUAGCUACUUCUAAGGGGGGUGCCAUGAAGAUUAAUGUUUGCAAAUCAUUCGAAAAUGAAAGGGGAUAGAUAAGUGCUAAGAAUAAUUACAAACAUACAGACGCCGUUCAAGACAAUCCACACCCUGGGCUAAACUUCAGUAUGAUGCCCUUCUCCUUUCCCUAGAACACAGAUUUACAAUGCGGGGGGAGAGGGCAGAAGGCAAGUCUCUCUGGAGGGAGACUUUCGGCGGGGGGGGGCACCUCAAAGUGGAGGGAGUCCAAGGUGCUACCCAGAUUUCAGCGAUGUCCUGAGGCAUCCAGUGGCAGCUGUCAAAUAGGGAGCCUCACGCCUGGCCCAGUGCCAGCCGGGGUAACUCUCUUCCGCCAAACUAACCCCUCUCCUUCCACCGUUUCAGCGGGACUCAGUACCCUUCCCCGCUUCCCUCCCUAUGGUAGGGGGUGCAGGGGCUGUGCGCUGUCCAACAGCUGCCGCCCCCCACCGCAGAGGUGGCUGCCCCCAGUGCUGGGCAGGCGGCGCUUGGAGCCCGUGGGACGGAGCAGUGACUAAUGACUGCCCCGGUGCCCGCUCCCGGCUUGUCAGCGGCGGCUUCUCCGCAGCCCAGGAGGAAGGGGCGGAGUUUCACCUAGAGCCCGCGGGGAGGAGCUGGGGUCGGCUGCCGUCUCGCAGGUACAGGGCGGAGCAGGAAGCAGCGGGCGCUCGUGGCUGUAGGGAGCCCCCCCCCUCACGUCCGCACCUGAGGAGGAGCAGCAGCAGCAGCAGCCUGCGCGCCGCGGAGGCCCGUGCCCGGCUGGGGCUGCUGAUGCUGGGAGAUGGCGGGUGGCCGGUCCGUGGCGCUGGCGGCCGGGCUCCUCCUGGCCGCGGCUCAGCUCCUGCAGCUGGCAAGUUCUUUUGCAAUACACCUUCGUGCUGCGGACAACAUCACUGUGACAAUUAAACCUGGGUCUUCUGUUCCACCACUAAAAUACUGUAAAAUUUGUACAGGACAAAUAUGCAAAUCUGAACUCAGGAUAACUGCUGCGGUAAAAGAAGAUAUAUCUUUCAAGUGUGAGACACCAGAGAAAUAUUUAGUUAUGGAAAUCAAGAAGAACAUUGACUGUAUGUCAGGCCUGUGCCCCUUUGGAGAUGUUCAUCUUCAGCCAUCAGGACUGCCUCGCCUUAACAGGACCUACAUCUGGGAUGUGAAAGCCAAUAAGAAGGUUGGACUUGAACUGAAAUUUUCUACACCAUGGUUAAGGCAGAUUGGGCCCACAGACACUUGUCCAGAUUUAAUCACUUACAGUAUCAGCAGCUCUAUUGACACUACCAAAGUCAACAUUGGAACCUUCUGCAGAAAUGGCUCAGUGUCUCGAGUCAAGGUGCAGGGGGGAGUUGUCAUGGCUUUACAGCUCCCGUGGAAUUCAGAUCUCACCACCUCUGGCUUUAACAUAGCAAACAGAUCUUCCAUAAAAAGGUUGUGUAUUAUUGAAUCUACUUUUAAAGGAGAGAUGUCAGCAACCCUAAUGUCUGCCAACUACCCACUGGGAUUCCCAGAAGAUGAGCUCAUGACAUGGCAGUUUGUUGUUCCUUCUAACCUUAGAUCCAGUGUCAUCUUCCGCAACUAUAGCCUUUCCAACUGUGAAAGGAAAGAAGAAAGAGUGGAGUAUUACUUACCUGCAGUGUACAGUAGCCCUGAGGUUUUGAAACUGAGUGACAAACAACCUGCCAAUAUUCCUGGCAAUUUCAGCUUGUCCCUGCAGGGCUGCGAUCAUGAUGAUCAGAAUCCUGGGAUCCUCAGUCUGCUUUUUCAGAUUGUAGUUCAACAUCCUCAGAAUGAAGAGAAUGUAACAUACUUGAUUGACUUACGCAAAGAGAGAGACAUAAGUAUAACCAUACAGCCAAAAUCACCACACAGUGGGCGUCCGUUGCAAUUUGAGCCAGAAUGUUUGAUCUGUAAAGAUCUUAGAACCUGUGAACGUAAUGUUACUUUAACAUCAGGCAACACAUAUGACAUUUUCUUCCUGUGUUAUGAUUUGGAGCAUCUGAGGAUCACAGCUGAAAAAACCAUAGCCUGUUGGGAUCUCAGAUACUGCCAAAAGAAGAUCUAUGACCUCACUGUGCCCAGGACUAUUUCCCAGCUCCCAGUUCGGCUGGAUAAGUUUACUUGGAAGCUAUUGGCUCCAGAAGAGAUCAGUGUGGAAAUAAGUUCUCCAUCUUUGAAGCUACAACAACACAUCCAAGAGCAAAGGUGCAAUAAAAGUUACAGCUAUGGCAUUGUCAGCACCACCCAGGGAAAGGCGUUAAACCUUGGUAUAUUCUGUCCUGGUGGAUCCAUUGAAAAGAUUCAGAUGAGAGACAAUAUCACCAUAUCCCUAAAAACAUUUGGCAGAGGAUUCCUGAAUGAUUCUCUUAAUCAGGAUCUGAAAAUGUCUUUUGUGCCAUUUAUUAAAGAGGAAUGUAUCUUCACUGUGACCCCAGACCCAAAAGCUCAAGUUUACCUACAGACCCCUAACUGGUUUGAGGGUUUGCCUCCUUAUAUUUCCGUGUCCUGGAAUAUCACAGUCCCCAAUAAGCAAGUUGCUCGCUUAGCAUUCUUGAAGGAGCGGAUGGACAUUACUUGUGAAACAGGACGUGCCUAUGUCAACAUAAAGGAACAGAAACCAAAGGCUGAAGAAACUGUGCGCCGUGAAGAUGAGCUGCUUUCUGAGCCCCUGCUUAUGUAUCACCACUUCUGGGUAAACAUCUCUAACUGUAAACCAGUGAAUACGAAACAGCUGAGCCUGCAGUUCUGGGUGACAUUUGUCUCACAAAAGACAGAUCUGUCACUGAUAAUUGCUGUGGUAGUUGGUGUGGCUGGAGCGCUCUCAAUUGUCGGAAUCAUCAUAUGCUGCGCUAAGAAGAAGAAGAAGGAAAGCCAGAAUCCUGAAGUGGGUACAUACAAUGCCAACAUCAGUACCCAGAUGCCUGGAAGACACGGCUUAUUCAAAAGGAGGAGGCAGGACAAUGACUCCCAUGUCUAUGCAGUCAUUGAUGAUGCCAUGAUCUAUGGAGAUUUGCUGAAGACAUUCAAUGGAUCAGUCAAUCCAGAGGUAGAUGUGUACCGGCCUUUUGAUGGGCCUAUGGGUGAUACACCACCUACUCCACCUCCCAUCUCUUUCAAGAAAGCCACUACAAUAUCAAACUCUGAGGAACUCCCGUUCUGCCCAGAGAGGGACAGUGAGCCAUACACUUUUGCACAUCGCAAACCAGAGGAGACCACGAGCAAUGGAGACACAAGUGUGAAUGGUACUGGAGAUGUGGACAUGUCCUUGUUGGAAAGUAAGGAACAAGAAGGCGUGGUGGAACAACUUAUGCCAAAGGAAUGACUUUGGUUUGGAAAUGAGGGUGACACUGUAAAGAAAAGUGCUCUCAUGUGCUGUAGAAAAAUCAGAAGAGGAGAUUUAUUUUUUUUUAAGCAUGCGUAGACGUGGGUUGUUUUUAAUAGCAACUGCUGAUGUUUUCAAAUUUUAGAAUGAACCUUUAGGAAACGUAUCAACAGUUCAUAUACCAUCCAUGAAUACAAGUGCUUCUCUUUUGGAAAUGGAAGCAAAGAUAUGCUUCCAUUUUCAUCAUAAAGCCAGAGGGAAACUGGAUUUUUAAAAGCUCAGGAACUGAACAUAACUGGGAGAAUAUUUGCUGAACAGUUUCUCUCUUCCAAGUAAUUCCUCCUCCUCCUGAAGAUUGCUGGGUGUUGACUGAGGAUGUAUCCCACACCACUGUCUUAAAACAGCCCUGAAAUCUAUGGAAUGUUUUUACUAGAAGCUGGAUUUCUUCUCUAAAAUCAGAGCAUAGGAAGUCGUAUUGUAUGCCAGUUCUUCU